UCGCAUUUUCCCGCUCUGUGUGUUAUCUAGGACUCCUCCACUAAUACGAUUCCAUCUCUGUCGCUUUGUCUCUCUAUCAUCGGCUCCGAGCUCUCCUCUCUCUGUAACUGAGCAAAAGAUCGACACNACUUUUUCCCUUCCGAGUUAAGCUUGAAGUGGAACAAUGUCUAGUCGUUGGAACCAAUCGGAGAAGAGGUGCGACAAAUCUUCCGAAACUGUUCCAAUUGCUGAGUACAAUAUUCUGAAAGACAAGUAUGAGCGUGUGGUGAUAGAGAACGAGAGUCUAAUCCAAACGCUUGAGCUUCUAGAGAAAACGCAUGGUUUGACUGUUGAUGAUAUUGUGGAAAAGCAAGGACGAGCAUUGGAGAGGAAUGAAGAGAUUGCAAAGUUGGCCAACAAGUAUGGUGAAAUACAGAAGAAGCUAGAGACUGUAGAAAAGGAUCUCGAAUUCAUAAUGUCUGUUGAUGAUGAUAUCACUGAGAUGAAGGGUGGUGGUGAGGCUUCAGGUAGUGCAAGACCUGCAAAGAAACCUAAGGUGGAGACAAAUGAAGAUGUGAUAAUGCUGCUUAGUGACGAUGAGGGAGGAAAUCAAAGAGAGAGCAAUGGAAGGCAGAGUAACUCAUCACAUCAGGACCCCUUCAUAUAUGUGUGAUCAAGAUCUUGAAUCAAUUUUGGAGUUGGAGAAGGACAGUGUCAAUUCGGAAGUGUUGAAACUGGAAACUUCUCUUAUUGCUUUUAUUUCUACAUAUAUGAUGACUAUAAAUAUCCCCUGCAUGUUCUUGUUAUUGGCUCGGAGUUUGGAGAUUAAAGACAUUAAUUUUCUUUG